UUGGUAGGAGUGGACGUGAGAGUGGAUUUAAUAUGGCUUUAAAGUUGCGGCCGGUGCUGGACCACCGAAUGCCGACGCUGGCAACUAAAGCGGCGUUUACGAUGGUGGGGGACGUGUCAGCUCAACAUAAGAAGAGAAGCGCGCUUCGCCAACUCGAAACCUGCCCACCUAGGUGUCUAAAAGAGGUUCGACAGCUCAUUACAAUGGAGAUCAAACACAUCCACAGGUGCCUGUCCAGAUUAGAGAGGUCCUACUAUGGCGGGAGACGGACAGUCCACCAGGAGAUUGAGAAGAUUAUAUACCCGACCAAGACGAUCAUGAAAGCAGCCCUCAUCUUCGAGUGCAAUUCCUCCACUAACGUGGAUGACGUCCUUAUGCAAUUCGGACUUCCUGGUUUCAAGGGCUCGGCAGAAAACUCCCAGCUCUUCCAUGACGUGUACGCCAAGUUAAAGAGUUAUCUCCCCGACAAGAUCAGCGAUGUCACCCACUCGUGUCAGAAGUUGUGUGAGUUGAUGAAUAAGUACUGUGUGAGCUUCUAUGAUCCUAACUCCGAGAAGGAAGGUUAUCUGGAAACAUCUGCUCACUAUCAGGAACAGAUUCAGUCCUGGAGUACAAACAUUGAAUUAAGUUUGACAAACGCCAAAGAAGUUUACAGACGGUUCAAAGGAAAGGGGAUCACUACCUCCCAUCUCACUCCACCUGUGGAAAAUUUCGUUUCUAAGCAUAAUCUCCAUAAAGUCCUGUUCCUUGUAAUCUUCGCUGAUGCUUGUACGAAUAUAAGAAACGCUUUGAGUCUGAUGACAUCAUGGCUGAAAACGGAUGAAACCUAUUCAGGAUUUCUCAAAAUUGACAUAAUUGAUUUGGACACUUUAAAGGAAGAAAAGAUAAAAGCUUUGAGGGAAUCAAGGUCUAAAUACCAUUCACUCACCUUCAGACUCAGCCAGUCAGAACUGGAAUGUUCAAAAGCGGAAACGGAAGUGAUGAACCUGCGCGAGAGGAGAGAUAACCAUCUCCGGGAGGAGGAGCAUCUAGAGAAGCAGGUCAAUGAUACCGAGCUGGAGAUUGAGUUUAAGGAGUACCGGAGAGAGAGUUUUAAGGUGGUGUUAGAUGACAGCCACCCGGAUGUGUCUGCGGAGACAUAUGACGUCCUGACAGAGGACCUUAAGAACCUGAAAGAGAGACUACCAGGGCUUCAACGACAACUGGCUACAGUCAGGUACAAGUUAAAAUGGGUGGAGGAGAAGACCCACCAACAGGAGAAGAUAGAGGAAGAGAUACAGCUGAUCCAGAAGGAACUGCGGGAGGCAGGGGAAGAGAGGGGAAGGAAGGAGAAGGAGUACCUGGAGGUGGAGAAGAGUCUGAAGCUGGCCAGACGGAUCCUGUUGUGUAAGACGAGCAACGAUGCUGUGGAGAAGAUCUACUACAGCAUCCCUGUACACGCCAGAAACAGUCGACCCACAGGAGUCCGGGCCAAGACGGCGACACCUCUCGACAAAGCCUGCAAGGUGAUUUCAAGGACUAUCGAGCGGGACUGGGUGAACGUGUACAGAAACUUACCUUUCUUUCCCAAACGUGGCGCGGAAACCAUAGAACGGGACAUCAGCGAGCUGAGCACCACAGGUGCAAGGGUAACUUUGAUUAUUGUCGCCCGACGAGCGCUAGGCCGAUGGCGACGUUAUCACACGCGGGCCAUGGUCGACGACCUGAAGACGGCGUUACAGAAGAUCAGGAGACUGGAUGUGAUCAAAGCGAUCGAGGACGAACUGAAUCCGCCUGUGAAGGAUGAUGAUGAAGAGGACAUGGAUGAAAAGGUGCCUCCUGUUCCUCCAGAACUGUUGCCGUUCUAUGAACUUGGGGAGAGGUAUGAUCAACUCCGGGCUAUGAACAGGAUGUGAGGAGAUAGGAACUGUUGCUUUUAUGAUCAACUCCGGGCUAUGAACAGGAUGUGAGGAGAUAGGAACUGUUGCCAUUCUAUGAACAUGUUGAGAAGUUUGUUAAACUCUGGGCUAUGAACAUGAUGUAAAGGGACAGGAAUUGUUGCCGUUUUAUGAACACAGGGAUAGGUUUGAUCAACUCCGAGCAAUGAACAGGAUGUAGGGAUAUAGGAACCAUUGCCGUUCUAUGAACUUGGGGAGAGGACAGAUCAACUCCGGGGUAUAACAGACUAUGAGGAGAUAGGAACUGUUGGCGUUCUAUGAACAUGUCAAAAGUACGAUCACCCUGGGACUAUGGAGAUGUUAUAAACAGACGGGACAGUUAUAAAGUUAGUAGAAAGUUAGUAUAGUGAGAGAGGAAGUGAAAUUCUGUGAUGCACUGAGCAUUUUCCAGUGACGUCACGUCAAGAUGACGUCAGACUGAUCAAGUGAUGCCAGGUAUCAUAAAUGUUCACGUGGCGUGGUAUAUUGUUUAGAAAUAUGUCAACUGUUUUAGGGUAAGUGGUUCCCUGAACAUAGUGUACACCUUUUCACUCCUUGUUCCCAGUGAGAUGGGUUGGUGCGCUAUUUUAGAUUUGCCCUAAGUCACCUCCCCGUGUCCCAAAGCGGUCGUAGCGCUGAGGUGAACGUAACUCCCAUCCUUUAACAUAGGCUUACGAUCAUCGUAGACUGACUGAGU